CUUAUCGGAAAUCCGCGAAAAAAUUCAGGCAGAGAAGCAGCCACACCCACACCCACACACAAACAAAGCUCUCAAGUUCAAAGUUAUCUCCGCUUCUUCUUCCUCCACUUAUCUUCUUCUUCUUCUUCUUCUUCUUCUUCUUCAUCCGCUCUCUCUUUUUCUCUCACCAUCUCUCUAAAUUGCUCAUCAUAUUCUCAAUUCAGCUUGAUGAUUACGGAUUUGAUGAAUUUAUAGCCCCAAUUUCUUUCGGAUUUUGUAGCUUUUUUGUGUUAUUUCUGGUUCGAAAAUUCGUUGGAAAACUGGAAUGAGAUAAGAAAGUCUCUGAAUUUGCUCUAUUGCUUUGUUUUUUUUCGUUUUCUGGGUUUUAUUGGAGAUGCCGUCGAUGCUUGUUCUCGUCGGCACAAUGCCAUCGCUAGCUUCUCUGGUUAGUCUAGGUGGUGCUUGUGCAAGUGUUUCAGGAUCGACUUCUUCGGAUGCGUCAUAUGCAUUAGUUAAAAGGGUUUCUUUGUCAAGGAGAAGUGUUAAAGGUACUAAGAAAUGGCUCUGUAGAUAUUCAGUUUCGUCUUCAACUACUACUACUACUACUUCUACUACUGCUGACUUCAUUGCUGAGCAAAACAACAGAUCAGUUUCUAUAGAUUCUAACUCGUUUAGAGGGAGUAUAGAUGGUGGGGAUGAUAGUGAGGUUGUGCUGAAGCAGAAUCCUAAACCUGUGUUGAAACCCCCUGUGCCAAGGGUUGAAAGAGGUUUGGGGGUGAAUACUGCUCCUUGGAGUAAGGAUUUAUCCAAUGGGGGUAAGUUCGAUGUGCAGGAAGAGAGGAAUAAGGUUAUUGAGUCUCUUGGUGAUGUGUUAGAUCAAGCUGAGAAAUUGGAAAUUCCUAAACCAGGUUAUAAAGAAGGUGGUGAGGCUGUUAAACCGUCACAGCCUAGUGCCAACAGUAGUAACUCGAGAAAUGGUAGCUAUGUCCAAGACGAAGAGUUGUUGCUGAAGAUGACGGCGACGAAGAUACAUCCAUUUCUCGAUCAGGUAGAAAAGGGAGAAAAUGGAGUAAAGCUAGUAGGAAGGCUGUGAGAAUCCAGGCUGCAAAAGACGCAGCACCUGUCAAAGCUGAAAUCUUAGAGGUAGAGGAAGAAGGCAUGUCCAUCGAGGAUUUAGCUUACAACCUAGCCAUCGGCGAAGGUGACAUCCUUGGGUAUCUAUAUUCAAAAGGGAUUAGACCUGAUGGUGUGCAGACCUUGGACCGCGAGAUGGUGAAGAUGAUUUGUAGAGAUUACGAUGUUGAGGUCCUUGAUGCUGAUUCAGUUAAAGUAGAAGAGAUGGCAAAGAAAAGGCAAACUUUUGAUGAAGAAGAUUUGGACAAGUUAGAGGACAGGCCUCCUGUCAUAACGAUAAUGGGUCAUGUGGACCAUGGAAAGACUACUCUUCUGGAUUAUAUCAGAAAAAGCAAGGUUGCUGCUUCAGAAGCAGGGGGAAUUACACAAGGAAUUGGUGCCUAUAAGGUGUCGGUCCCUGUUGAUGGAAAGUUGCAGUCCUGCGUUUUCCUUGAUACCCCUGGACAUGAGGCAUUUGGUGCUAUGAGAGCUCGAGGGGCACGAGUCACUGACAUUGCAAUCAUUGUGGUUGCUGCUGAUGAUGGAAUUCGUCCUCAAACAAGUGAAGCAAUAGCUCACGCAAAGGCUGCUGCUGUACCAAUAGUCAUAGCUAUAAAUAAGAUAGAUAAGGAAGGAGCAAGUCCAGAGAGAGUGAUGCAAGAGCUUUCUUCAAUUGGUUUGAUGCCUGAAGACUGGGGUGGUGAUGUUCCAAUGGUUCAGAUCAGUGCGUUGAAAGGGGAGCAUAUAGAUGAUCUGUUGGAAACUGUCAUGCUUGUUGCAGAGCUACAAGAGUUGAAAGCAAAUCCACACAGAAAUGCCAAGGGCAUUGUUAUCGAGGCUGGACUUGAUAAAGCAAAAGGACCAUUUGCGACAUUCAUUGUUCAGAAGGGCACUUUGAAAAGAGGGGAUGUUGUUGUUUGCGGAGAAGCUUUCGGAAAGGUACGAGCUUUAUUUGAUCACAGCGGGGAACGAGUUGAUGAAGCUGGGCCCUCCAUACCUGCACAGGUGAUUGGCUUAAAUAAUGUCCCAAUUGCUGGUGACGAAUUUGAGAUUGUCUCUUCCCUUGAUAUGGCGCGUGAGAUGGCAGAGGCACGUGCAAUAUCACUAAGAGAUGAAAGAAUAUCUGCAAAGGCUGGGGAUGGAAAGGUCACGCUUUCCUCCUUAGCUUCUGCUGUAUCAGCGAAAAAGAUGUCAGGCUUAGAUUUGCAUCAGCUUAAUAUCAUCUUGAAGGUCGAUGUACAGGGAUCCAUUGAAGCCGUCAGACAAGCCCUGCAAGUCCUCCCUCAGGAGAAUGUCACCUUAAAAUUCUUGCUACAAGCGACAGGGGACGUCAGCAACAGUGAUGUUGAUCUAGCAUCAGCGAGUGAAGCCAUCAUUUUUGGAUUUAAUGUCAAAGCGUCUGGUUCUGUUAAAAAAGCUGCAGAAAACAAAGGUGUUGAAAUCCGACUAUACAGAGUUAUCUAUGAGCUUAUUGAUGAUGUGCGAAACGCAAUGGAAGGACUUCUUGAGUCUGUUGAGGAACAAAUCCCGAUUGGCUCAGCAGAAGUUCGGGCUACUUUCAGCAGUGGUAGUGGUCGUGUGGCUGGGUGUAUGGUGAAUGAAGGGAAAUUUGUCAAAGAUUGUGGCAUCAGGGUACUCCGGAAGGGUAAAACUGUCCAUGUCGGUGUCCUUGAUUCUCUUAAACGAGUUAAAGAAAACGUGAAAGAGGUGGGUGCUGGAUUAGAAUGUGGUAUUGGUAUGGAUGACUACGAUGAUUGGAUUGAAGGAGAUAUCAUCGAGGCCUUUAACGCAGUUCAAAAGAGGCGAACGCUAGAAGAAGCAUCGGCUUCAAUGUCUGCCGCGAUUGAAGAGGCUGGAGUCUAAUUGUGAUCCUGGUUUUGCUUCAAAAGACUAAAGUCAUCAAAGAAACUCAAGCAAACAACAAAAUCAGACCCUCAGGGUAAGAUUUGGGUCACAAGAGUUUGGUUGGUACAUUGUUUGUAUGGUCUCAUAUUGUACAUGGCAAAUGUUUCUACAUGUGGUUGAUUGAUGUAGGAAAAAAAAGGAAGAUUCAAAUGAAACAAUAUUUAUCUUGAAAAAAGUCACAAAAUAAUAUCCUUUAUUUA